GGCGGGGUCUCCUCCCAGACACGGAAGAGGGGCUCCCUGGGCGGCGGGAGGGCAGCGUGGUGCCCGGCACUGCAACCGGUAGGGACCUGGGAGCUGGUCCGGCGAGAGGAGGGGCUGAGACGCCAGGGAGGGCCCCACCAUGGCCCAGUGGCAGGAGGUCCAGCUGCUGGAGAAGACCUACCUGGAGAAGGUGCACGAGCUGUACUCGGAGGACCACCUGCCCAUGGAAGUACGGCAAUACCUGGCCCCCUGGCUCGAAGACCAGAACUGGAGCCGGGCGGCUGAGCCCCACUCUGCCGAAGCCCACAUGCUCUUCCACACCCUGCUGGCCCUGCUGGACGACCAGUACAGCCGCUUCGGGACCCGCACAGAGGACUUCGUGCUCAAGCACAACCUCCGCAAGUCCAAGCUCAACUUGCAGGCCAAGUACCAGGAGUGCCCGGAGCAGCUGGCCAAUGUCAUUGCCAACCUGCUGCGGGAGGAAAAGGCCAUUCUGAACCGGGGGCUCAAGGCCCAGCAGGCUGCAGCUCAGCCGACCUCCAGUGCCCCGAUGGAGACAGACCGGCAGCAGAAGAUCGAGCGGCGCCUGGUGGAGACCAGGGCAGCGGUGCAGGAGCUGGAUCGCGAAGUGCGGCACCUGGAGGAGCUGCAGGACACCUUCGACUUCCGCUAUAAGAUGCACCGAAUGGUUGCAAACGGCGCUCCCGCCAGCCCCGAGCUGGCCCGCCAGACGGAGCAGCUGCAGGCCAUGCUGAACAGCCUGGACCGGAGCCGCAAGUCUCUCUGGCAGGACGUGCUGGCCCGGGCGCAGGAGCUGCUGGGCCGUUGUGAGACGCUGCGGGAUUUCCUGCUGGAGGAGCUGGCCGAGUGGAAGGAGCGGCAACGGAGGGCCUGCCUCGGGGCAGCCUGCGACACCAGCCUGAGCCACCUGCAGACCUGGUUCACGGCGGCGGCCGAGGGGCUGUUCCAGCUCUGGCGCCUCCUGUGGGCCCUGGGUGACCAGCACGCCAAGCUCACCUACCUGCAUGACCCGCUGGAGACACGGCGGCCCCUGCUGGAGAGCCGGCUGCAGGAGCACCUCUCCUGCCUCUUGAGGAGUGCCUUCGUGGUGGAAAUCCAGCCCAUCAUGCCUUUCCCCAACCAGAGGCCCCUGGUUCUGAAAACUGGCAGCAAGUUCUCCGUCCGCGCCAGGCUCCUGGUCAAGCUGCAGGAUCAAAGCCAUCGGCUGGAGGCGAAAAUCAUCCUUGACCAGCAUCCCCCCGAUGUGAAAGGGUUCCGGAAGUUCAACAUCUUGACGUCCACCAGCAAGACGCUGGUCCAGGACGAUCCGCAGAUGGAGGGGCUGGUCUGCGACUUCCGGCACAUAUCACUGAAGGACCAGAGAGCCGGGGCCUCGGGCAAAGGCAGCAAAGGUGCCAGCGAGGGCCUGCCGGCUGUCACGGAGGAGCUGCAUCUCAUCACAUUCACACUGGACUAUAAGUACCAGGAUCUGGUGCUGGAGCUGCAGACAUCGACCCUGCCUGUGGUGAUCAUCUCCAGCAACAACCAGUUCUCCAGCGCCUGGGCCUCUGUGCUCUGGUUCAACAUGCUCAGCCCAGACCCUAAGAACCAGCUGUUCUUCUCCGCGCCGCCGGCUGCCUCCUGGGCCCAGCUGGCCCAGGUGCUGAGCUGGCAGUUCUCAGUCGCCACCAAACGCGGGCUGGACGAGGACCAGCUGCACAUGCUGGCGGAAAAGCUCUUUGGGCUGGAAGCCACCCCCGCCAGCACUCUGACCUGGGCCAGGUUCGCCAAGGACAACCCACCCGUCUUCUCCUUCUGGACCUGGUUGGACGGGAUCCUGAGCCUGAUCCAAGAACACCUGGCUCAGCUCUGGAAGGAUGGGCACAUCAUGGGCUUCGUGAGCCGCAAGCGGGAGCGGCAGCUGCUGAAGAGGAAGCAGAUGGGCACCUUCCUGCUGCGUUUCAGUGAGAGCAGCCGCGAUGGCGGCAUCACCUGCAGCUGGGUGGAGCCCGGGGAGAAAGGUCAGCCCAAGGUCCGUUCCGUGGAGCCCUACACCAAGGUGGAGCUGAAGUCGCUGGAGCUGCCGGACAUCAUCCAUGACUACCAGCUGGUGGCCGCCGAGAACAUCCCCGAGAACCCCCUCAAGUUCCUGUACCCCAGCACGCCGCGGGACGAGGCCUUCGGGAAGUACUACACCGAGAGGAGGGAAGUGGACCUGCUGGAGCAGAAGAAAUACCUGAAUCAGCGUCUGAUCAGAGUGUCCUCCAGGCAGCCCAGUGAGCCGUGGCUCCCGGAGGGCAUGGUGGAGGCCUCCCCUGCAGCUGCGGGGCCGGGGCCCGAUCAGCUGGAGGUGCUGGAGCUGGGGACCGAACAGCUGGAGCUUGGAGCCAGUGGGCUGGAGGUGCUGGAGGCUCUGGAGCAGGAACUGGACCUGAUGAGGUUUGAUUCAGCUGACUCCAACAUGCUCCGAGGCGGAGACCCCUACCUGCCCCUGCCGGACGACGUGCCCCCCCCGGUGCUGCCUGGCAACACCUUGUUCCUGGGGGCCAACGACUUCCCCCCCCUCCAGGUCGACUCCAAGGACUUCCAGUGACAGCGUCUCCCACUGCUGCCCCAUCACUGCUGGGACUCGGAGGCCAGGGCCUUUUCCCGAGCCCCACUGUGUAUUGGGGGGUGGCCCUGGCUCCGCCCUCUCCUGGUCUUCCGGUUAGACCUCGGGGCAUCAGUGAGGCCAAGGGGGUCUGGCCCAACCCCUGCCCAUCCUGUCCAUGGGAGGUGAAAGCCCCUGGACUCUGGGUGUGGGGCUCUCAGCCUGAGCCUACAGCUGGGUGCCUUGCCCUAGGUCCUCGCAGGUGUGGGGGGGAGUUUUACCAUAGCACCCAGGAGUCCGGGAGGAGUGGAGCCACCCUGUGAACUCCCCCCAUGGCGUAGCCAUGUCUCCCUGGGGUCUCUCGUUGGCGUGGAGGUGGGGGGCUGUGGUUCUUGGGCCUUCCUGGCUAGGGGGGUUCUGACCUUAAUGCUGAGGGUGUGGGUGGCUUUGCCCCCCGGGGGCCGUGAGACUAACUCUCUCUCUCUUGUAAAUAAACCUCCCCUGCCCUAGCUCACUGUGGUGCUGUGGGGGGGCCCUCCUGGAGGGGAGGGAAUCCCCUGAACUGUCUGUCCCCGUUAUGUGGGGGCCCUGUGUGGGCCACACCCUCCUGCUGCCAGGGGCUGUUGUGCUCUGUGUGGCCACCAGAGGGCACCACUCCCUCUCCUACUGUUCCCACCACUCUCUUCUCCCCCCCUGCCGACAGAUUACAGGGGAGGGGGUCCCCCCACUGGGAAAGGAGCUACUGGCCCUUCGCUGAAGCGGAGCUCUGCUCCCCCUAGGCCAGGAGCAGGGCCCUGGCUGGCUCCUGAGGCCCCCAUGCUGGGCUGGUUCCAGGGCAGGGGGGCCUGGAGCUGGAUGUGGGGAGGAGCUAGGAGGGGUGUGUGCGUGUGUUACCAGGUGGGGCCCCCCCCAGGGGGUGCACUAGGGGCUGGGACUGGCUUGAGGCUUCCCAGGGCAUCCAAGCUGGGACCAGACCCCAGGCGUUCUGCCCCUCACUCCAUCCGUGUCCCCCCUGCCCCUCAACCAUGCUGCUUCCUCCCGAGGGGCUGUGGGGGCGAGCAGAGCAGGGAGGACGAUGCUCCUGGUGCCUGCCGACGGGCAGAAGCCCCUUCCCCUAUAACUGCCCUGGGGGGGAGGGAUAGCUCAGUGGUUUGAGCAUUGGCCUGCUAAACCCAGAGUUGUGAGUUCAAUCCUUGAGGGGGCCCUAUAGGGAUCUGGAGCAAAAAUUGGGGAUUGGUCCUGCUUUGAGCAGGGGCUUGGUACUAGAUGACCUCCUGAAGGCCCUUCCAACCCUGAUAUUCUGUGGGAGAGACUCUGGCCCAUUCCUGGGGAGCUGCUGCUGGGGGGCUGGGGUGGGGUGGGGGGUCUCUGAGAUUGUACUGUCCUGAUCUGCGUGGCCCAAGGGGGCCGUGGCCCUUGCAAUCCCCUGCUCCCCCACCCUGGUGCCAGCCACGUGGCUGGGAAUUGUUCAUAAUAUUUUGUAUGACAACUGUGUGUGCCUCAGUUUCUCUAUGUGCUGCACCGUUAACUAGGUAUGCGGUAGGGGAAAGGUUUACUCCUUGCAAUGACCCAGGCGUGACUGAUGCCUGGCUGGUGGGGCCUGGGCCCCUUGCCUCAGAAGACAAUGGCCCAGACAUUUGGAUCCUAGCAACUAACAACCCCAGUCGGCUGAUCCUCUGCAGGAAGCCGGCCAGGUGGGACCAGCUGGAGAACAAAGAGCCGAGGAGGAGAAGGGCCAGGUGCCGAGGUUUGCCCAGGAACAGAAGAAAGGACUGAGGCGGGCCAGGGGCCCCUGUUAAGUGCGGGCUCGUGGAAGCCGCAGACUCUUCGGGGCUGGGGCUGAGGGUGUUGGGCCCUGGCCUGACCCAUGAGGACUUUCCUGGGAUGUUCCCCUUCUCUGUGCUGCCCCAAGGGCUUUCUAGCCGUAUAAUAAACCCCCCGAACACCCCGA